UAAUCUACCCAGUGGCCUAUCUUCAUGUGUGGAGCGUUCCUCCAUGAGAGGCUCUCUCUGUCAUCUUCACACGCACGAGGCGUGCUCAAUCUUGCUCACGCGGUCGACAACAGCUCACAGCCACCGCUGCACAUGCUCUUCUUUUUCCCCUCCUCAAAGCCGCCUCCAGGACUCUUCUAACCCUAGCAUGUUCCCUUCCUGGCGCCGCCACAAAUUCGCUUCUCAACACAUGACUGCAUACAGAGACAUUCAGAGUCAGUCUCAGAAAAUUCAGACAAAUCCCAAACUCCACCGGAAGAAUCGCCGUCGUCCGACCAUCUCCGGCCACCCCUCGUCGAGCCGAGGCCACCUCCAGCGUCGCCUUGACGUCGCGGUUCUCAUUGUCCAAGAAAAUCUAGCAGCUGGCCUUCCAAUCGUCGUCAAGGUCACCUUCUUCCUCUCCGGCCGCUGCUCUCCGGCAAGGGUUCCGGCCGCCUCCGACCUCGUCCACCCCAGCCGAGGUGUUCAUCAGUUUCCUGGUGAGAUGGCGCCCCUUUUCCCCCUCUUGGCCGUCCUAUUUUCUCACUGUUUGGCUUCACCUAAUUCUGACGGAGCUGUCGCCUGUUUUCUGUCCGAGUGCACCUUCGCCAUGGAUGUCUGCAACCUCCGUGCCGCUAGUGCUUUCCAUCGUCUUCUUAUGCACCACGUCGACGCACCCAUCUCCUCCGACUCGUACGACUACAGCAGCAACCUCCCCGCAUUUGCUUCUUCACGGAUAGGAUCACGAAGUGGUGUUGUGAGAUACGACAAGAGCUAG